AUGAGUCGCGGCGGCUGCGCGGCCCCGAGCGCGGGAGCGAGCGGAGCGGCCCGCGCUGCUGCGCGCCUGCCCGAUGCCAGCUUUUCAAGAGUUGUCUUUAUGGGAUGGUCUUGCAGUCCUGGUGCAGAUCCCAUUUUGAGGAAUAUAGAGGAGUACAGCCUUGUCAUCCCCACCAGCACCGAUUCAGAGGGCAGGUUCCUAUCGCACUUGGUGUCCGGACCGCCAAAAGCGCGCUUCCGAAGAGCUGCAGAGGAGUCGCAACAUGAAGCGGCAAACGAGCAAAUAUUUUACAAUGUCACUGUUUUUGGAAGAGAGUUUCACUUCAGGUUGCGGCCAAACUCCAGGCUUGUGGCCCCUGGAGCAACAGUUGAAUGGCAGGAGGACUCCGAAGAGACUCGCAUCGAACCUCUCUAUGGGAAUUGCCUCUAUGUUGGGGAUAUCACUGAUUUGCCAAACGCUUCGGUUGCUAUCAGCAAUUGUGAUGGACUGGCUGGCAUGAUUCGCACGGACAAGGACGAAUUCUUCAUCGAACCUCUGGAGAAGGGGGCCCAGGAGGAGGAGGAGGGAGGAGGCAGGACACACGUGGUCUAUCGCAGAGCAGCUGCCAAGAAGCAGUUUCCUAUGGAGAGCGCAGAUAUCCAGUAUAAAGUUGGUAAAUAUUGCUCAGGAGUAGGAGUGUGGUACACAGCAAAAACAUCAGUUUUAGAUCGGCUCCAGUUAUUGGCACGCGGCACCUGCCGCAGGAAGCUCCAGCAGCGACAGUUCAGACACCCCUGCGAAAGGCAGAGCCCUGCGCGCAGCGGCGGCCUCCAUUGA